UGAGGCGAGCGGAGCCGGAGACGAGACCAGAGGCCGAACUCGGGAUCUGACAAGAUGGCCGGGCUGCCCCGCAGCAUUAUCAAGGACACCCAGCGUUUGCUGGCAGAGCCAGUUCCCGGCAUUAAAGCAGAACCAGAUGAGAGCAACGCCCGUUAUUUUCAUGUGGUCAUUGCUGGCCCUCAGGCUUCCCCCUUUGAGGGAGGGACUUUUAAACUUGAACUCUUCCUUCCAGAAGAAUACCCAAUGGCAGCCCCUAAAGUACGUUUCAUGACCAAAAUUUAUCAUCCUAAUGUAGACAAGUUGGGAAGAAUAUGUUUAGAUAUUUUGAAAGAUAAGUGGUCCCCAGCACUGCAGAUCCGCACAGUUCUGCUAUCGAUCCAGGCUUUGUUAAGUGCUCCCAAUCCAGAUGAUCCAUUAGCAAAUGACGUAGCGGAGCAGUGGAAGACCAAUGAAGCCCAAGCCAUAGAAACAGCUAGAGCAUGGACUAGGCUAUAUGCCAUGAAUAAUAUUUAAAUCGAUCCGAUCAUCAAGUGUGCAUCACUUCUCCUGUUCUGCCAAGACUUCUUCCUUUUUUGUUUGCAUUUAAUGGACACAGUCUUAGAAACAUUACAGAAUAAAAGCCCAGACAUCUUCAGUCCUUUGGUGAUUAAAUGCACAUUAGCAAAUCUAUGUCUUGUCCUGAUUCACUGUUGUAAAGCAUGAGCAGAGGCUAGAAGUGUCAUCUGGAUUGUUGCGAAACGUUUAAAAGCAGUGGCCCUUCUCUGCUUUUAUUCAUUUCCCCAUCAUGGUUUGAGUAUAAAGCACUGUGAAUGAAGGUAGUUGUCAGGGUUAGCUGCAGGGGUGUGGGUGUUUUUCUUUAUUAUUAUUUUUUUUUUGGUGGUGGGGGGAAGGUAGUUUUAUUUUAAUUUUAUGGGCUCCUUUCCCCCUUUUUAUGGUGAUCUAAUUGCAUUGGUUAAAAGCAGCUAACCAGUUCUUUAGAAUAUGCUCUCUAGCCAAGUCUAACUUUAUUUAGACACUGUAGAUGGACAAGCUUGAUUGUUUGAACCAAAAUGGGAACAUUAAACAAACAUCACAGCCCUCACUAAUAACAUUGUGACUUUGCUGUCAAGUGUAGAAUCCUCCCUUCAAGAAAAAGCUUGUGACCAUUUUGUAUGGCUUGUCUGGAAACUUCUGUAAAUCUUAUGUUUUAGUAAA